AUGGUGAUGCUGUCAGUUUCUUCAGCUGCACUGCUUCUGUCUACAGUAGCAUAUGCCUGUAGAAAGAAAAUGAAAAUGCAUCACAAAAAAGGACGAGGGAGCAGUCCACAUACCCUUGUUAAGGAUCAUUCCAGUGUUCAGAUAGAAAACCUUGAUGAGGUACCUUUUCUUAGCAUGUAUCAAAUAGCUAAGGCUACUGAUAACUUUAAAAUUGAUAAUAAGAUUGGAGAAGGUGGUUUUGGUCCAGUUUACAAGGGUGUGUUGGAAGAUGGGAAAGUAAUCGCUGUAAAGCGUCUCUCAGAAACAUCCCAACAAGGACUUGAUGAGUUCCAAAAUGAAGUCAUUUGUAUCGCCAAACUUCAACAUCGGAAUCUUGUGAAGCUUCUUGGAUACUGCAUUCAUGCAAAUGAAAGGAUUCUAGUUUAUGAAUACAUGGAAAACAAAAGCUUGGACUCAUUUCUGUUUGAUGAAGCCACAGGUUCGAUGCUUGACUGGCCUCAGCGCUUUCACAUUAUCCAUGGUAUUGCUCGAGGUAUUCUUUAUCUACAUCAAGAUUCCCGCCUCCAAAUCAUCCACAGAGAUCUCAAGGCAGGUAAUAUCUUGCUGGACAGUGAAAUGAAUCCAAAAAUAUCAGACUUUGGCCUUGCUCGGAAAUUUGUAGGACAGGAUGACAUGGCUAAGACAAAGAAGGUUGUUGGAACAUAUGGUUAUAUUUCUCCUGAGUAUGCGGUACAUGGAUGUUUCUCUAUAAAGUCGGAUGUAUUUAGCUUUGGUGUAAUUGUGCUGGAGAUAGUGAGUGGAAAAAAGAACAGAGAGUUCUCUCAUGAGGCUCACAGUGACAACCUUCUUGGACAUGCAUGGAGACUCUAUAAAGAAAACAAGUCCAUUCAACUAUUGAGUGCGUCUUUACGCAACUCCUGCGUUAUCUCUGAAGUACUACGAUCAAUACAUAUUGGAUUAUUGUGCGUGCAACAUCAUGCAGAAGAUAGGCCAACUAUGUUGUCUGUGGUUUUGAUGCUGAUUAGCGAGGGUGCAUUGCCUCCACCUAAGCAACCAGCUUUCUUCACGGAAGAAAGUCACCGUCAAGUCAACUCUGUUUCAACUCUAGAGGAAUACACAAUAACACUAUUGCAUGCUAGAUAG